AUGUGUGUGUUGUUGUUUGUGUCUCUCUUUCUUUAGGGUUUUAUUAAGUCUCUCUUUUGAGGCCCAAUUAAAACCCUAAGGGGGGGGGACCUAUGCUUCUUUUCUUUCGGGCUUCUUUUGGAGCUUAUUUGGGCCUUCAUUUGAGGCCCACUUAAGCACUAUACGAGGGCCCUCUUCUUUCUCCUUUUAGGAGAGCUUAUUGGGUUUCUCUUUUAGAGGCACAAUAAGCCCCUUUUGUAGCCUUUUUGUGGCUUAUGGGCUUGAGGGCCUCAAGUGGGCCCACUUUCCCUUAACCCACUUGUGGGCCCCCAUAUAAAGGGAGGUAGGACCUCCCUUCAAGAGAGCGCCGUAUUUUUGAGAGAGAUUAUCAUUUUGUGAGUACCUUCUCUAUGAUCUAGGAUAGGGAGGAAAGGAGGAAGAGGAAGGCCGUCAAUACCUUCUUCGAGGACUUCGUUCCUUGUUAUGCUGCUAAAGUGACUCAGUCGUUGUAUAUUAAAUCACGUAAAUAUAAAUUUUAUAAAACUAAAAAAUACAAAUUUAUAGAUAUUUAGAAGUAUUUCUAAAUAAAUGUAUCAAUUAUAACUAAAUAAAAAUUUCAAAAAUAGUGGCAAUUUUCCAAGUCGAUCACAAGGAUGUAAUAUAGUAUCUGGUAAUUAUUCAGAUAUUUUCUCAACAAAUACGAUUUUCUAUAAAUUUUAUACUAGGAAAUAAAAAGGAAAUAUAUUUAAAAUUCACGAAAAAGGGAAAUAAGGGUGCAGACAUCAAGAUGAUGUCAACGCUCGACAAGCACAAAUCAAGCAUAAACAAAGUUUCACCUGACGAUUCUUACAUAAGUGAUUAUAGAUGAUUUAAUUGAUCAAAUUAAGAUCUGUAAAAGUCAGAAGAAUUGUAAUAGAACAAAGUAUAUUUUGAUAAAUUAAAAACACAAAAAUUAUCACUAAAUGAAGCGUAAAGUAAAUUGAAAGUAGGAAAAUAGAGUUCUGGCGUCGCGACGGCAAUGCGUCGGUGAUGCACCAGAAUCUUGAGCGUUUGGGCAGAUCGUCGUGUAAUGUCUAUGGCCUCAAAGGCUCUCCUUGGACAAAGACGAUGUGGGCAAUCUCGAGAUCUUCUCGCAAAGUCUAGAGAUCAAUAAAGUGGGUCGUCGAAUCGUCUUCGGCGGCUGUCACCUGGCGGAGUAAAAAAAUGACAACUUUGCGGCUCUCCAGUGGCUGUCACUCGACAGAGAGGAGCUGGAUGGAGGUGGGGCGCGUGUUAGAGAGCUUCAUCCUUAGGUCCGCACAGCAAGAGGAGGCUCUUCAUUGCAUUUGGUAUGCUCUCAGGAGGUGGCGACUCGUCUCCCGACGGAUCGUCCUCUUUCCGACGAUGGCUUGUUAGUUGAUCAAUCGGAGAUGAUUUACUCAAUGGAUUCGCGAUCCUUUUAUCGUGAAUUGUUCAGCAAUUUUAGUAGCAAUGCUCUGCAAAUUGCAUUGAUGAGAUUUUCGCCGAUGAUCUAGUGAUUCUCAUUGCUUAAUCCUUCACUGGCGAUCUGCAAGAAAGUCACGAUAAUCAAAUAAAAAUAUAUGAACUUUGACUCUAGGAGGACUCAAACCUGCGCCGGUUGCUCGCAUGUGAGGAAGGUGUGAUGCGGGUUUAGUCUCACAUCAGUUGUGCGCUGAUUUUUCAGGUGAAUAUAUAGUAAUGUUAGCUUUGUAAGCAAAGUCCUCUCGCGUGUAUGACCACUCCUUGUCCCACAGCUAGUUGGCCACUGGUGACGUGGAAGGAGAGUGGCGCACACAUGUCCCUAUUGAGCCCCUAUUGGUCCAAGCUAAGCCGCUCGAGCCCCUACUCGCGGCUACUCUUCGACUACGCUUCCGACCUGCUUGCGGGCCUGGCUGGUUGGCGGGUCCCCUAUUUUGCAAUAUUUUUAUUUUCAUUUCUUGUUCUUCAUUUAUCUCAAAAAUAAGACUGUAAAAAUCAUAUAAAAUCACAUAAUUACCCAAAAAUUCACGUUAAUUAAUUAAAAACCACAAAUCAUUCUUUAACACAAAUAUAAAUCUAUUUAUCAUGAGUUAAGGCUAAAACUAUAUUUUUUACUAAUUAUUAACUCAUGAUAAUGAAGACUUAUCACACCCCCCAACUUAAAUCAUUGCUAAUCCCUUAACAAUAGAAUUACGAAAAUAAAAUUUUACAAAUCUCAAACAUCAUAUUUUAAUACAGAAAAAAAAUAUAUAAUUAGAAAUGAUACACUUUUAAACACUUUGGAUUCUUAUAUCAAGUAUUUAAGAAUGAUGUCAAGCACUUAAAUGUUUAAACACUCCUUGGAAUAACAAUCUAGACUUCACUUCUUCUAUUCACAUCUUUAUCACUUCUUCACUUAUAGAUGUAUUUACAAGAUGUUCCAAUUAUCAAUACUCAUCUAAGAAUAAUAUUAAUCUUAUAUUUUCCUUUUUCUAUGACUUGAUUUUUGAAGUUUGUACUAUAUUUCUUCCUUCUUUUUUUUUAUAUAUAUAUAGUAGAUAAGUAGCUUUUCCUAUAGACAAAUUUCGACAAUAAGAAUGAUGUCUCACACCCUCCAUGUGUACUCUUCAUUUUUAGGGCUUUCACUUUAUCCACUUAUUUUUCAGCAAGUGUUUUUCUAUGCACGAUUUUUGACAAUGAGAAUGAUGUCUCACACCCUCCAUGUGUACUCUUCGUUUCUAGAUUUUUCACAUUGCUCUCUCUUUUUUUUUCGAAAUAAGUGAUUUCUCCUCACAAGUCCUUUAGAUCAGGGUGCAAAAAUCUCCAUUAAACUCAAAUGAUCAAUCAAAUUUUCACAUCAAGUAAAUACUAUCCAUCAAGAUCAUGAAGUGAAAAUUUGUAAAAUCAAAUCCAUGUUAUCUAUCAUGUAUCCAAGGAGUAUUCCAACAUUUCAUGCUACUAGAUCAUUCUUUUGACUCAAUAAUAAUCUUCUUAGUAUCUUUUGGUAUCAAUCAAUCUAAUUGGUUUAAUUUUUCAUGCAUGCAAUAUGAUAUAAGGAAUUUGUAAAUUAGAUAAUUCUGACAGUUCCGUUUUCUAUUUUCAGUUCUAUUUUUAGCAGUAAUAAAAUUUUCAAAAAUAAAUCAAAACUAUCUUCUUUAUAGCUGUAAUUUCAAAUUUCAGUAAUAUAUAUCUAGGGGAUUGAAAUGUGAAAAAAGGAUCUUCUAGAAUUUCAAAUUUCAAGCUAUUUUUUGUCUGCUUUUUUUGACAGUCUGUUGUCUCUAACAGAAAACUAGAAAAUAGAUGUUGUAGUUUUUCUGAAUUUACUUUAUUUUUAUUUUUUUAGUUGCUGUUCUAAGUUGAAUAAAAUACAAACACCUAUUAAUAAUCGUCCUACAGCAUAAAUUAAUAAUGAAUACUUCACCCCCCAACUUAAAAAUGACAUUGUCCUCAAUGACACAGAAAAAUCGAAACAGAAUAUACAGAAAAUAUAAUUUUCAAGUGAAGCAUGCAUAUCUGCAAAGUUAAACAUUAAAAGUCUUUUCAUAAAUGAUGAAGCUCAGAAAGACAUCACCUCAACCUCAUUUUUAAUUUUUCACUUCAUCUUACACUCCUCCUUUUGCACUUUUUUGAAAAAACAAAUACAAAAACAAGUAUUACGAAAUUUUAAGAAAAAUAGAGCUUAAAAAAAAUAAAAAAGAAUGAAAUAAAAACCAUGGGUUGCCUCCCAUGUAGUGCUGCAUUUAAUGUCUCCAAUUGGACAACUCUUAUAUCAUAUAAGAUGAUCUAUGGCCAUCAAAAUAUAUUUGUAUCCCAAGGUAAGUUUCAUGAUAUUCUUUUUCAGAUUUAGCAUAAAUUCAUAUACUUCAUAUAUAUACCUAGACAUACUUUCAGCCAAAACAAAAUAGAAAUUAACAAAAAAUUUCCAAAAAUAAUAUUUCCAUUUUGAAAAGAAUCUUUCCUUAUUUCAAUCUUAUUUUGUUAGGCUCUCAUUCAUUAAUAAAUACUUUCUAUUAAUAAACCAUAAAAUGUGAUUAGGCCAUAUAAUUUUCAAAUUAGCUCUUGCCCAAUCUAAAUUUUUUUCAUCUAAAUUGGUAUCUCUAAUUCUUCCACUCACCCAUUUCUUAAUGUCUUCUUUUAUCUGCAUAAUCUUCCCCUGCUGUAUUUUAUCUUCCAUAUAUAUUUAUUUAAUUUGUGAGGAGUGAAAUAUUUCAAGCUUAUAAAUAAUUCUAAUGGGCUGUGGGUUUUGAAGGAUGGAAGGAUUGUCUUCUUUAAUCUUAGAUCUAAUGAAUUCAGUAAAAUUCAAAUUUUCUCCUCCAAAAUUAUCUCUAUAUUCAUAUCUAUUAUUUUCGUUUGUUCCCAUUAGUUGAAUCAAUUUUUUUUCUAGUUUUUCGUUUCUCAACUCAUCAAAUUCUUCAUCUUUCUAAGAGCUAUCUUUUAAUUUUGGUAUAUGAUAUACAUCAUCAUCCUCACAAUCAACAUCUAUGGCUACAAAAUUAUGAUUAGAUUCAUUAAUUUCGUCUCUUACAUCUCCCAAAUCAAUUGAUUUUUCCUCACCUGAAAUAUAUUUUUCUUCAUUUCUGUCUUUACUCCCUUCUACUAAAAUUUGGAUGAUUUUUCUAUGAUCAGUUGCUGUUUCUUCAUCUAAGGACUCUUUCUCCUCAUCAUCCUCACUAUAUUCAUUCAUCAAUUGUGAGCAAUAAAUGAUUUUAUUCAAAUUUUCUACUACUAUAUUUUUGGCCUUAAUAUUCUUAUUUACUUCUAAUGGAUCAUCAAUUUCUUCUAGUAAUUAGAAAUAAGGAUCAAGUAAAAUAUUCUCACUCAAUGUAUUCACUGUCCUAACAUUUUCAUUUCAUGGGUUUUUUCUAAAUUUAUCCAGCUAGACUCUUCUUGCUAAAAUCUUACUAUUGGACAGUUUCCUGAAUUUUCUAUAGGCUGACUAGGUAGCUGUCCCUCUUCUCUCUUAUUCUCAAGAGUCUCUAUAAUUUGUUUCUGAUGCAACAUCAUUUGAUUUAUAGUUUGUUACAUCAUUUGGUUCAUUUGCUGCAUUAUUUAUAUAAUAGCAUGUUGGGUUUGAGAGGGCUGAUUUUUCUGAAAUUUGUUUUCUUGUUUUAGACGAAAUUUAGAGUUUGAAUUGGAUUUAAGUACUUCUGGAUUUUGAAUAUUAUUUUGGUUUCUCCACGAAAAAUUAUUCCCCCAAUUAGGAUUAUAAGAGUUAGAAAAAUAUUCCCAAUUUUUACUAAAAUCGUGAGGUACUUACACUUGUUUUUGCUUAGGAUGAUAUUGAAAUUCAAAAUGAUCAUUUUCACUAUAUGUAGGGCGUGUACUAUUUGAAUUAAAUUGAGGGUUAAGAGUCUUUGUAAUAUUGUCAAUAAGUAAAUCAAGUUUUUCUAAUCUUUAAUUAAUCUGAUUAACCUCAUUUCUAAGUUUAGAAUUAUCAUCAUGAUGCAAUUCAUAAAUUUCUCUCUUCAUUUCCUUGUCAUAUAAUUUAAAAAAGGUUUGAUCUCUCGAAUUUUCACUUAAAUUCUCAUAAAGACUGUAAAUCUCAUCAGGGGUUUCCUCCAUAAAAGUUCCUUCACAUAUAGAAUCAACCAUAUUUCUAUGUUGUUCUAAUAAUCCAUCAUAAAAAAUUCUAUUGAGCUGUCACUUGGGUAUAGUAUGAUGAGGACAUUUUCUAAGUAAAUCUUUGAAUGUUUUCCAUGUCUCAUGUAAAGUUUCUCCUAGUCUUUGAGAAAAACUCCAUAUAUGUUUUCUCAUAUUUUGAGUUUUCCCUAAGGGAUAAAAUUUUUGAAGAAAGGCUUGUUCUAUGUAUUUCCAGCUAGUUAAUUUUUUAUCUAAUGUGGAUAGCCAAUUACUAGCUUUGUCCCUAAGUGUAUGAGGGAAUAAUUUUAUCUUAAUAAUUUCCAAUGUAAUUUGAGGGAGAUUAACUAAAUUAUAGACCAUAUGAAAUUUUCUCUAAAAAUUAAUAAUUUCCUUUCAUUCUAAGUGCUGAUGAGGUUCCUCUAAAGGCAAUUUAUGAAAAUUAGGGAGCAUUUGAAAAAUUCUUAGAUUUAUUUCAAAUUUAACAGUGGGUACUAAUGGGACUCUAAUAUUAGAUGCUCUUUGAAAUGAAUCAGGGAUAUAAUGAUUUUUCAUGAUCAUCAGAUUGUUCUCAGUUUGAUCUGUACUUCCUUCAGGAUCCAUCAAAAUUAAUUUUUCUUUCGAAUUUUUAUUUUUGAAUGAAAUAAUGAAAGGAUUUUCUAACCUUGGAUGCAAGGAUCUUCUACCAUGCAUAAAAAUUAAUAAAUUUGAGGGAAAAAUUUAGUAACUGUUACCUUCCUUCAAAAUGCUCCAGUCCUUGUCUUGCUUCUUUUCAUUCCCUUUUUCUAAUAAAAAAUCAGCAAAAAGAAAAUAAAACAAGAGUUAAUUUUGUUUUUUGUGUACUCUAAGAGAAAAAUAGAAAAAUACUAAAUAUUAUGUAAUACAUCUCUAGCAACGGCACCAAAAUUUGACGUGACUUAGUUGUUGUAUAUUAAAUCAUGUAAAUAUAAAAUUUAUAAAACUAGAAAAUAUGAAUUUUUGGAUAUUUAGAAGUAUUUCUAAAUAAAUAUAUCAAUUAUAAUUUAAUAAAACUUAAAAAAAUAGUAAUAAUUUUCCAAGUCGAUCACAAGGAUGUAAUAUAAUAUCUGGUAAUUAUUCAGAAUUUUUCUCAAUGAAUACGAUUUUCUAUGAAUUUUAUACUAGGAAAUAAAAAGGAAAUAUAUUUAAAAUUCACGAAAAAGGGAAAUAAGGGUGUGGACGUCAGGAUGACGUCAGUGCCUGGCAAGUGCGAAUCAGGCGAAAAUAGAGUUCCACCCGACGAUUCUUACAUAAGCGAUUACAGAUGACUUAAUUGAUCAAAUUAAGAUCUAUAAAAGCCAGAAGAAUUGUAGUAGAACAAAGUAUAUUUUGGUAAAUUAAAAACACAAAAGUUAUUACUAAAUGAAGCGUAAAGUAAAUUGAAAGUAAGAAAACAAAGUUCUGGUGUCACGACGGCGAUGCGUCAGCGAUGCAUCAGAAUCUUGAGUGUUCAGGAGGAUCAUCGUGUAGUGUCCACGGCCUCGAAGGCUCUCAUUAGACAAAGACGACGUGGGCAAUCUCUAGAUCUUCUCACAAAGUCUAGAGAUCAAUGAAGUGGGUUGUCGAAUCGUCUCCGACAGCUGUCACUUGAUAGAGUGGAAAAAUGAUGACUUUGCGGCUCUCCGGCAGCUGUCACCCGAUAGAGAGGAGCUGGAUGGAGGUGGGGCGCAUGUUAGGGAGCUUCAUCCUUAAGUUCGCACAGCAAGAGGAGGUCUUCAUCGCAUUUCGUACGCUCUAAGGAGGUGGUGACUCAUCUCUCGCCAGAUCGUCCUCUUCCCGAUGAUGGCUUGUUCAUCAAUCAAUCGGAGAUGAUUUACUUGAUAGAUUUGCAUCUUUUUAUCGGGAAUCAUUCAGCAAUUUUAGUAGCAAUGCUCCACGAAUCGCAUUGACGAGAUUUUCGCCAAUGAUCUAGUGAUUCUCGUUGCUUAAUCCUUCACUGGCGAUCUGCAAGAAAGUCACGAUAAUCAGAUAAAAAUAUAUGAAUUUUGACUCUAGGAGGAUUUAAACUUGCGCCGGUCGCCUACCUGUGAGGAAGGUGUGACGCAGUUUAGUCCCACAUUGGUUGUGUGCCGCUUUUUUCUGGCGAAUAUAUAGUAAUGUUAGCUUUGUAAGCAAAGUCCUUCUCUCACGUGUACGACCACUCCUUGUCCCACAGUCGGCUGGCCACUAGUGACGUGGAAGGGGAGUGAAGCACAUGUGUCCCUAUCAAGCCCUUAUCAGUCCAAGCUAAGCCGCUCGAGCCCUUGCUCGCGGCUACUCCCCGACUGCGCUUUCGACCCGCUUGCGGGCCCGGCUGGCCGGCGGGUCCCCCAUUUUGCAAUAUUUUUAUUUUUAUUUCUUGUUCUUCAUUUAUCUCAAAAGUAAGACUAUAAAAAUCAUAUAAAAUCACAUAAUUACCCAAAAAUUCACGUUAAUCAACUAAAAACCACAAAUCAUUCUUUAAUACAAAUAUAAGUCUAUUUAUCAUGAGUUAAGGCUAAAACUAUAUUAUUUACUAAUUAUUAACUCAUGAUAAUGAAGACUUAUCAACUACUACCUGAGAAGUCUUAUUAUUGCCUAAGACCACUACUGCCGCUAGACAUCUUCAUUGCUUCUCGUGAGAUCACUGCCGUCACUAGACGAAAUGGUCGCGGUUGCUACUGCAGCCACUGCCGCCUUAGUUGGAACCUCAUCAUGCCGUCAUGAUGAAAGGGACUUACUUCACCUUCCUACGAGCCAUUGCUGAGCACUCCGCUAGAGUCUCUCGACGAUUGCCACCUCUUCCUUCAGAACUCCACCAUAAACUCACCGGAGUCGCCAUUCACCACUCCGCCCAAUCGCUAGCCGCUCACCGACGAAUGCCUACCUACCGCCGACAUCGAGAGAGACCUUGCUGCCAUGCUGACGAGCCAAAUCAAAUCCAAGCUCCUCACAGGCACCUACCGGAGUUUCUCGAUGAUUUGUUGCCGUCGUGUUGUUUCCAGCACUGCCGAGACUAGGAGGGCUCAACCCUCCCUAGUAUUGUUGGCCAAAUCACCUCCAUCCUCUACUCCGCUUCUCGGUGCCGUUAGAGAAGGCCGAUCCUUCUGGUGACAAUUGGGCUUCUGCCCAACUGCCGAUGCUCGGCAUUCCUGCUGAAGCGUUGUCGAUGCUCAGCACUCUCGCCAAAGCACCGCUGACACUCGGCAUUCUCGCAAAAGUGUCAGCACUACACACAUCCUACAUGCCUGCACCCACAACCCGUGCACCCAUCAGGCGCCGCUGCCUGCGUGCCCUGAGACACGCUGCACAGCUUGCCGUGCACAUCUGCUAGCAUGCCCUUUGGCCCACCAAUAGGCCCACUCUUGAUCCGAUCGUGCCACAUCUUACGAUGAUGACUAUGGUGACUCUCGACUAGGACCGACUAUCGAUGCUGAGCAUCGCUCUUUACUAGAUGUCUCUACUUACGUCGAGUCUCCGCUCCGUCAUGACCCAUCGGGCUACGCAGCCCGAAGGUUAGCUCUGUACCCCUUCCUCUUAAGUUUAAUUAUCUUUCGAAGGGUUUUCUCGGCUCGUUUCUACUGCCAUCAAGAGAACGUAGACAAGAUAGGACGGGUUAUCGGAUCGUGACUUUUGACGCUACACCAGACUCGUCAUCAUUCCUAAGCUGUAGUCCUAGGCUACUUCACGACGACCAUUCUGCCGUCUAUCCAGACGUGGACCAAGAGGGCCUCACACUUACCAUUGUUGAGUGUUUCUUUGGGUCGUCCUAGGUUGAUCAUGGAUAUUGGUACACCUUAAGUUAUGUGGUCAAACCUAAAGUCUAGGGUCCAUACAUUCUGACCGGAUUGGUCCAACUACCCCAUUCGGAUCUUGAGUUUCAUUGAUCAAGUACAAGGAUCUCGCCCUGUCUUGCAUCAAAUUGGUAUUAGAGCUAGGUUGGGUUACCACCUAACCUCAGUUUCCUGAAAACGCUCACUGAGCUUCCAUACCACUAGUAAACCAUUCAUAUAGGAUUACAUUGGCAUCUAGGCACUCAUAGGACCUAGUCAUGGUAGAGACAUGCUUAGCUAGAGCUCGAGGAGGUUCACCAUCAUCACGGCACUUGCACGAGGCCUUAGAUCCCACCACUCUCCAAGUAGCUAGAGUGGACAUGAGUCCACCAUCUUUGUCGAGAUCGACGGAUUUGAUACUAGACCCCUCUCGACCCUAGAAGACUCCGGGCCCUAUGUCGGUCGGGGAGGCAUCAGGGUGGCCCUAGCCACCUGUGGUUACGAGCUGCCGAGCUGGGAAGGAAUCCGUGCCCUACUAUCCACUUAAGAGUACUAGGGGUUGUAGUAGAGGUGGCUGCUGGCAACCUUCACCUCGGUACCCUUCGAGGGAUGGAGCGUGCUCCCUCCUAGAUGAUGUCAUGUAUAACAUGACCUAGGCUAUUGAGCAUCUGGAGUGAGCUACCUUUGCACCACUGGCUCCACUACUAGUUGCAUAUUUGGUUGCACCACCGACCACACCACCUGUUACACAAGUAUAUCAAGAGCAUUGCGAGCCCUGCUGGCCUGUGAGCCCCUAUAGUGAUCCAUAUGAUCACUAGUACCUCGAUCACGAUCAUCAUCGAGGGAAUCUAUGUCACCGCGACGCACCUCAUCACAACGAUGGCCACGAUCAAUUGGGCAAUUGUUGGCCACAGGAAACAUCUUAUGGAUACCACACUCCUCUUGAAAUUUAGUGAAACAUCUUAGAUAUUAUUCAGCUGAUGCAUCAUAUCUAUCAUAAUAUUCAUCACCAUGGUCUGAUUUGAUUAAUCUAUUUAUUAAGUUGAUUCUCAACUUCGGUCUUAUAUUUCUUGAACACAUUUAGUGAUUAUGACUUCUCAUAAAUAAAAUAUAAAUAGUCAAUUUGAAAAUAAUCAUCUAUGAAUAUAAUAAAAUAUUAUUGACCAUUCUAAGAGGUUGUAGCAAAUGGUCCACAAAUAUCCAUAUAUAUUAAUUAUAAAAUAUUUGAAACUCGAUUGGUACUUAUUUUCUUUAUGUUUAUUCUUUUCUCUUUGAUACAUUCAACACGUGUCAAAAUCUUUAUAAUCAAGUGGGUCAAAAAUUUCAUUAGAUAUGAGUCGAUCAAUUUUUUUUACAAAUAUAACUUAAUCUCUUGUGCUAUAAUCAAGUAAAAUUCUCAUUGAUUAAUUUUCUUUUCAUACUUCUUAAACUGAUAUGUAAGAUUACAUUAGAACUGAUUAUUAUGUCAAGUAAGUAUAAGUUAUCAUAACUUGAUAAAGCCAAUACUAAUAUGAUUUGAAUUGUCAAAGAAACUAAAAUUUUUAUUUCUAAAUAGACAAUCAUAACUAAAUUUAUCUAAAUUAAAAAUAAAAAUCAAAUUCCAUCUAGAAGGUCCUUAUUCCCUCCAUCGCUACUAUAUUGCAUUACCCAAUGACGUGACUUAGUCGUUGUAUGUUAAAUCACGCAAAUAUAAAAUUUAUUAAACUAGAAAAUACGAAUUUUCGGAUAUUUAGAAGUAUUUCAAAAUAAAUAUAUCAAUUAUAAUUCAAUAAAAUUCCAAAAAUAGCGGUAAUUUUCCAGGUCAAUUACAGGGAUUUAAUAUAAUAUCUGGUAAUUAUUCAGAAUUUUUCUCAAUGAAUACGAUUUUCUUACAAAUUUUGUACUAGGAAAUAAAAAGGAAAUAUAUUUAAAAUUCACGAAAAAAAAGGAAAUAAGGGUGCAAGUGUCAGGAUGACGUCAGCGCCCGGCGAAUGCGAAUCAGGCGGAAAUAGAGUUCCACCCAAUGAUUCUUACGUAAGCGAUUACAGACGACUUAAUUAAUCAAAUUAAGAUCUGUAAAAGCCGGAAGAAUCGUAAUUUAACGAAGUAUAGUUUGGGAAAUUAAAAUCACACAAAGUAUCACUAAAUAAAGCGUAAAUUAAAUUGAAAGUAGGAAAACAGAGUUCUGGCGUCGCGACGGCGAUGCGUCGACGAUGCACCGGAAUCUUGAGCGUUCGGGAGGAUCGUUGUGUAGUGUCCACGGCCUCGAAGGCUCUCCUUGGACAAAGACGACGUGGGCAAUCUCUAGAUCUUCUCGUGAAGUCUAGAGAUCAAUGAAGUGGGUCGUCGAAUCGUCUCCGGCGGCUGUCACCUGGCAGAGCGGAAAAACGGCGACUUUGCGGCUCUCCAGCGGCUGUCACCCGACGGAGAGGAGCUAGAUGGAGGUGAGGCACGUGUUAGGGAGCUUCAUCCUUAGGUCCGUGCAGCAAGAGGAGGCUCUUCAUCGCAUCUGGUACAUUCUCAGGAGGUGGUGACUGGUCUCCCGGCAGAUCAUCCUCUUCCCGACGACGGCUUGUUUGUCGAUCAAUCGGAGAUGAUUUACUCGAUGGAUUCGCAAUCCUUUUAUCACGAAUCGUUUAGCAAUUUUAGUAGCAAUGCUCGGCGAAUCGCGUUGACGAGAUUUUCGCCGAUGAUCCAGCGAUUCUCGUUGCUUAAUCCUUCACCGGCGAUCUGCAGGAAAGUCGUGAUAAUCAAAUAAAAAUAUAUGAAUUUUGACUCUAGAAGGAUUCGAACCCGUGCCGGUCGCCCGCCUCUUCUGAGGAAGGUGUGACGGGGGUUUAGUCCCACAUCGAUUGUACGCCGAUUUUUCGGGCGAAUAUAUAGUAAUCUUAGCUUUGUGAGCAAAGUCCCUUCUCUCGCGUGUAUGACUACUCCUUGCCCCACAGCCGGCUGA